UUAACUUAACUGACAGUGAAAUUAACUAACUAAAUUGGAAGUCUAGCAAAUUUACGUUAUUUUAUUAUUAGUAUUUGCAACUCGUUACUUUAACUGUUGACAAUAUUUUUUCAAGUAUUUUCUUAGUAUAUUUUAACUGGAAGUGGUACAUUUUUAUAAAAGUACAUUUUGCGUAUUAAUCUUACGGCCACACAGGUAAGCUGCAGCAACAACAAACAAUUCACAAUAAUGCAGACUAUUGAAAAUUAGGCGAAUGUGUCACGAGUCACAGCAGCAGACGCUACACAGGGAACAACAACCACAUAGCAAUUUGGGGGACGUUGACGUUGCGGAAGACGGUCGUCAUUUAAAAGAUACGGAAGUAUUUUUGGUGCUGAAAACUUGAUUAAACACUACCUUGGAGCUAGUGAUCAGCGACUGAUCAGCGUACUGAGCCAUGGCCGAUGCAGGAGGUAUUGCCGAAAAUGCGGCUGAAAUCGCAGUUGUCAAUGCAAUCAAUAAUAUCAAUGGGCGCAAUCGUAUCAUUGCAGGUGGACUUGGGGGUGGUGCAGGGCAGAAUAACAUGAUGAAUAUGCGAGAUCGGCUAUUCCAUGCGAUUUACUUUCGCGUUGCCGCCACCUACGCAGAGCUAGUGCCACGGCAAGUGCAGUUGGCCAUUGAGUAUCUGCUGCUUCUCAAGGCGUUGGUCUUCUUCUUUACACUCGUCUAUGUCCACACGGCCUUCAUAAAGAAUCCCUGCUCGUGUCUGCAGGAUGUGCAAAACUGGCCACGAGACGGCGUCAUAAGAGUGGAGAUCAUACCAUAUCUGGCGGAGAAACGUGCCAUUUGGGAGGGCAUCAAGGCCGACAAGCAGCUGCUGCAAUCACUUAAGCAUACUUAUCACUACGAUGUGGGACCGCAAACGCUGGACAAUCACAAUCGACUGAGACGCUAUGAGGCAAUACUACGCAAACUUGGCGCUCCAGUGCGUCCUGUGCGCGCCUACAGCAAUGAGACGCUUUAUUUUUACUUUGAGGCCAUCAAUCUGCUGGACAACUAUGAGCAUCCCAGCGCUAUACCAUUGAAGACGGAGGACGAUGAAGAUGACGAGCAAUACAUUGUGGAGUACUCGCUGGAGUAUGGACAUCUGCGUCUCUCGGCGGCUACCCGUAAGCGUCUCAAUAUACCCGUCUUAACUGUCCAAUUGGAUCCGAAUACGAACAAGUGUUUUGGCGACAAGUUAACGCGAUAUUUGCUGAAACGUUUGCUGGGUUACGAUGAUUUGCUAAUGGCAUCGGUGCGCACAAUUGCCGAGAAAGAGGACAACAAGGGAUAUUUGCGCAACGUCAUCACUGGCGAGCAUUAUCGCUUCGUGUCCAUGUGGUGGGCAGCCUGGAGCAGCUAUCCAGCUGCCUUGUCUGUCAUGCUGCUUUUUACGUUUUCGGUGUCAAUGCUUUUGCGUUACUCGCAUCAUCAGAUCUUUGUGUUCAUCGUUGAUCUGUUGCAAAUGCUGGAGUACAAUGUGUCGGCACGUUUUCCCAUUGCGCCACUCUUGACGGUCAUAUUGGCGCUAGUAGGCAUGGAGGCCAUCAUGUCGGAGUUCUUUAACGAUACCACAACGGCAUUCUAUAUUAUAUUGAUUGUAUGGAUCGCUGAUCAAUUCGAUGCCAUCUGCGUGCACACAAGCAUCACAAAGCGUCAUUGGCUCAGAUUCUUCUACCUAUAUCAUUUUGCGUUCUAUGCGUAUCACUAUCGCUUCAGUGGACAAUAUCGUACAUUGGCGCUGCUCUCCUCCUAUCUAUUCAUUCAGCACUCGAUGGUGUUCUUCUUCCAUCGUUAUGAGUUGCCUGCCAUUAUGGCACAGCGUCAUGUCUUCUUCAUUACGCGAAAUCAACUAAAUGCAGCAGCUGGUGGCGCAGCAGCAGCGGGCGCAGGAGUCGCAGGAGCAGCAGCACCAGCAGCAGCUGGAGCUGCAGCUGAAGAUGGAGCUAGAGCAAGAGCAGGCGCUGCUGGGGAUGCAGCGGAGGCGGGACAACAGGCGGCUGUGCAACGUGCGCGUGUCAUUGUAACGCGACUCUUUCGUCAACUGGCUGCACAGCGACAGGGACAACAACAGCAGCAAGCUGGAGCUGCCGCUGGCGGUGGAGCUGCCGAUGCAGCUGGAGAGCCGCAACAACAAGCUGGAGCAGACAAUGCAACGGGUUUCGGCAAUUUGAGACGUUUGCCGUUGGUCGGACGCUGGUUGCAACGUGGACCCCAAUUCACGACCGUGCGACGCGUGUUUUUGGGCCAGGGUCAUGGACCUGUGCAGAUGAUGCAUGUGCGUGUCCAGCGCAUCAAUGUGGCCGACAUCCCGGGGCUGCAGACGCGUGCAGCUGCCGCCGCUGUAGCUGCUUCAGCUGCAGCAGCAGCGGCAACAGUUGCUGCCACAGCAGCAGCCGAAGCCGCCCAAGCAGCAGCAAAUGCGGCAGCAACACUAACAACCACAGCAGCGCCAACAUCCACACCAAUUCCACCAACAACAGCAGCAGUAACAACACCAAGCGAAGAUGUCGAAUCAAAUCAUGGACAAGGACGAUGCGAAGCACCAGCAACGGCAACGGCAACAGCAGCAGCAACAACGAUAAACAGCAUCAAUGAUGCAGGAGCAACUGAGCAGGGGAUUGAAGAGAAAAACACUGGAGCUGGGACAGCAGCGGAAGCAUCUGAAGACAAGCAGGAGCUGGGGCAUGAGCUGGGUUCCAAUCUAGGGCAGGCAGCCGUGCCCAAGACUUUGAAAAAUCUAAAUUCCGCUACGGCGGAUAUUAUAAAUAUGCCGGAUACAACAACAACAACAACAACAGCAGCAGCAUCAGCAGCAAAAACUAUUGCAACAACAUGGGUUAAAACUGAUGAUGAGAAUGAGGCUAAAGCGGAGGCUUUUGGUCUGCCAUUGGCAAAGCAAUUAGCAAAUAAUUUGCCAGCUCGAAGCACGCAGCAGACGCAGCCGUCAGAAGAGAGGCCAGGUGAAAACCAGAGCAGUCCACUGUUGCAUGCCCAAAGCAUUUCCACUGACCAGCAAAAGGAGCAGCAACCAACAACAACAACAACAACAAUUAGAGAAACAUCUGCCGCCUGUACAGCGACGUCAAAACAAUCCAGAGCAGACGCGAAGGCUGAGCAAAAGCAGACUGCGACUCAGCUUGGAAUUGAGUUUGAGUUUGAGUUGGGGACCGAGUCCAAAGCCAACGCAAGCACAAUGAUGGAUGGCAGGCAAACAGUUGAUUUUAUAGAAGGCGACAGCUUCACGUCAACAGCAAAUUACAACGAUGUCGACGCCAUUGCAAACCACAUAGAGAAAGAGUCGGAGAAAGAGUCCGAGGAGCGGGAGAAACAGGGGGAGCUAAUGAAAACUCUACCACAUACAUCAAACCAAGUGACAAGAGCAGCAGAAGCCGCAGCAACCAACAACUGAAUAAGAAAGACAAACCCACAAUCCACCCCCAGCCCGAAAAUAGAAGUGGAGAAAGAGAGGGAAGGAGGGAAGGGGGAAGUGUGUGCGGCAAUCCCGAAAUACAAGAUGUUAAACAAGCAUGAAAACAGCUAGUAAAUUUUAGAUAAUUUGUCUGGUGUACUUAUGUCUAGAUCAUGCAAGCUGUCUGCGAAUGAAUGCGUCUGUGUGUGUGUAUCUUUAUGAAUGAGUGAAUGGGUGUAUGUAUGUGUGCGUGUGUGUGUGUGUGUGUGUGAUGUGUGUGGCUAGACAACAUUUCAUAUGUGGUUGCAUGCUAAACUGUGUUACUUAGUGAUUUUUAACUACUAACUAAUGUGUUAUACUAUUUUAUUUUGGGGCAUCAUCCAUGGCAACGACGAGAUGCGAUGCGACGCGGCGUGAUUUUAAUUAGCAGCGAAACAAGUCCAGCAACAAAUGUAUUUUUACUUUGCUAUCAUAUGUCACAUGAGCAUGCAACGUGCCGCAAAUAAAUUUACCGUUUAUUCAUUUAUACAUUUAUAGCUAGUCGCUUAGCAAAAACCUGAAUAAAAUAUAUAUAAAAAAAAAGAAUGUGAGGAAAACACAAUUUCGAUGCGCUUUUCUGCUUGGCUUUACACAGUUAAUGAACUAUUUUAAAUGCAAAAGGAAAUGUUAUAUGUUUUAAGUUAAUAUAUAUGCGUGUAUAUUCUUUUAUUUGUUAUUGGUUAUGCGCCAAAUGAAAUUGGUUUGUCUUUCCUUUGAGCAACAAUACAAAAAUCAAAUUUCAUAUUGCAUUUGAUUCCCUCCAAAAA